AUGAUGCUGAGGGUGUUUGAGGGUGCUGCGGUGGUGGCGUGCUUGCGUGGGCAGCAGCAACAGCGGCAGCGGCUUCUACAGGCGGUGUUGCGAUGCGGGCAGAGGAGAAGGAGGAGGCUAGGCAAGAUAGCUGACAGCAGUAACAGUGGCAGCAACGGUAGUGGUGGUGGUGGUGGUGAAAGGAGCGGCAGUUUAUUGAGUGGAGGUGGUCAUCGUGGUGUUCAUGGUCAUGUGAGAAUAAGACACGAAUGGCACACAGCAGCUGCGCCCAGGUGUGCUGCGCUAUUCAGAGCAGCAACAGCAGCGUUAACAACUGCGCGAGCGGUAUCAACAGCUACAACAGCAACAACAGCAACAGCAGCAACAACAGCAACAACAGCAAUAGCGUCACCUUUCACAGCAGCCGUUCAGAGAGCAGCACCAACAGCAACAGCAACAGCAACUCUCACAGCUGUAAUUCAAAGAGCAGCAUCCCCUCGGGUGAUCUGUGUCAGAACGCUGACACAUGCUGCGCGCAGCUCGCAGGGUGAGCCAGCAGAAGACAUAACGGAAGGUGCCAGGGCACCUGUGAAUGUAAAGCUCGCCGAGCGCUUGCGUGCGCUGGCCAGUGCACCUGCGCGCCGCAAGAAGCACGGCAAUACCACCUCCAGCAAACAGCGGGCACAGAGUGGGCCCGUGCGCGCCCUGUCCUUGCUGGAGCAGUUGCACGCAAAACACCAGCACCAAGCACGCAGCAACCAGCUCCCUCCCAACGCCAAGGGCUCCGCACACGAAGCUGGCGCGCCAACAGCCGAGCACUGGGCCAUCGUGCUGCGAGAAAUGGCAGAGCAAAGGGAAUACCAGGCGCUGUGCGUGCACGCAUUCAGAAACAGAAUGAUCAAGGCGCAUGCCGUCGCACCAAACACGGACUGCUUCGAGGCACUGGUGCGCGCAUAUGCACUGCGCGGCAUGGACACGGAGUGCUGGGCCGCGCUGCAGGAGUCGCGCCAGGCCAACCUCAUCCCCACCAUCAACAUGUGGAACGCCGUGCUCACGGCCUGCCUGCGUUCAGGCAACGUGCUUCUUGCCGAGGACACGUUCAGACAGCUCCUGCAAGAGCCAUCAACACCCGCGGCGACGCCGCAGACAUACGGGCUCAUGCUCGCGCUGUACGGGCGGCUCGGGUGGCCCACAGAGGCGACAGGGCUCUUUGACACGAUGCUGCAGGCUGGCAUCCGGCCAACGCUGCGGGACUACGAGGCGCUGCUCAAUGCAUACGCGCACAGCACCAUCGUUGUCCACGACCCGUCGUCGCCUGCAGCCGCAAUUCGUCGCCUUCGCGCCAUUCAGCACCGCCGCCGCCGCCGCCACGCCGCUGAUCGCGGUGCUGAUGCGUCUCGUGGUGGCGACGUAGGAAGAAAAGACACAGGCAGGACGAGCGAUGACCGCAAAACACCUGCCACCACCACCAGCAACAGCAACAGCACCAGCACCAACACCAGCACCAGCAGCAGCGCUGCAAGCCACUUCCUGCGCCCGCGGGAGCUGCCAACAACGGCGGAAUCGCUCGCUGCCAUCCGCGCCAUCGCCUUCCACGCCGACCGCCAGGGUUACCCUCUGGACACCAACUUCUACGUGUCGCUUGUCGAUGCGUUCCGCAGGUGCGGCGCCAUUGGCUCUGCCCAGCGCGCGUUUGAGGACUGCGUCGCCCGCCACCCGCAGCCCACCGUCAAGCUGUGGAAUGCGCUGCUGCACGCGUUUGCCGAGCGCGGCGCCGUGGAUGAGGUGGAGGCGACCCUGGCAGCCAUGGCGGCGUCGCACGUGCUGCCGUCCAGCCGCACCCGCUUCUGGCACAUGAUGGUGUACGCGUGGCAGGGGAACGUCGAGGCUGCAGACGCCAUCUUCAAUGCCAUGGUGACCCAGCAGCAACAAGAACAAGAACAAGAACAAGAACAGCAGAAGGAAGAGGCGAAGGAAGGAAAGAGGAGCAUUGGCACGACAGCGCGGGCAUGA